GAGGUGGCAACAAUUCUUUUAACCAUGAAGCUCUUACACUUAAAUACAAACUGGACAAUCAAUUUGAGCUUGUGUUUGUGGUUGGAUUUCAGAAGAUCCUGACUCUAACCUAUGUGGAUAAGUUGAUAGAUGACGUCCAUAAGGAGUUCCGGGAUAAAUACCGCAAUGAAUUCCAGCAGAAAGGCACCCUGGGGCUCCUUAAUGGCACCUUUGAUUUUAAAGAGGAUUUUUUACACCUCCUCCGGGAAGCAGAGGAGAGCAGUAAAAUCCGAGCUCCAACUGCCAUGAAGACAUUUGAACAGUCUGUGAAGUCUCAGAAGACUGUCAAGUCUAUGAUAGAAACUCGAGGGGAGAAACCAAAGGAGAGAGCCAAGAACAAGAAAAACAAAGGUUCCAAAAAGGAGGCUUCAGGAACCGAAGCUGCUACUGUCCCCAGUAAAGCAACUCCAGAUAUAAAGCAGAACCCUCCUGCGGCAACCGGGGAUAGGGAGGAACUGACCAAGGAUGAGAUCCUGCAAAAGAACCGUGAGGAGUUCUUCAGGAAGCGCCUGAAAGGAGGAGAGAAGUCCAACAAGUCCCCAAAGCCUGAGACUCAGAAGGAGAAAGGGAAGAAGCCCCGUGUUUGGGAGCUGGGGAAUUCUAAUGCCAAAGUACUCGAUUAUAGUAACUCCACUACCAACGGAAACACAGACACUUGUUCCACAGAGGAGUAUGACCCUGACAUGGCCCUAGGAGAUGGAGAUCGGGAGCCUGGCCGCCUUUAUGAUCUUGAAUAUGAGAGUGAUGAAGAGGAACCUGAAGAGGAGAAAGUUAUUCAGAACCCUUCACAGCCCAGGGCUAAGAAGGGUGGUUUGGGAGGCAUGUUUGGGAUGCUGAAAGGCCUGGUGGGUUCCAAAAGCUUAACAAGAGAGGACAUGGACUCUGUGCUGGAGAAGAUGAAGGAUCAUCUGAUCGCGAAGAAUGUUGCGGCUGACAUAGCUGUCCAGCUGUGUGAAUCGGUGGCUAAGAAACUGGAAGGGAAAGUGAUGGGCACCUUCACCACGGUGACCUCAACGGUGAAGCAGGCCCUGCAGGAGUCCUUGGUGCAGAUCCUGCAGCCCCAGCGCCGCGUGGACAUGCUGCGUGAUGUCAUGGACGCUCAGCGCCACCGCCGGCCAUAUGUCGUCACUUUCUGUGGUGUCAAUGGGGUUGGAAAGUCAACCAACCUAGCCAAGAUCUCUUUCUGGCUGAUUGAAAACGGGUUCAGCGUCCUCAUUGCUGCCUGUGAUACAUUCCGAGCCGGAGCUGUAGAGCAGCUGCGCACGCACACCCGCCGCCUGAACGCUCUGCACCCGCCGGAGAGUCACGGCGGCCGCACCAUGGUGCAGCUCUACGAGAAGGGGUAUGGGAAGGAUGCUGCUGGCAUUGCCAUGGAGGCCAUUUUGUAUGCACGUAACCAGGGGUUUGAUGUGGUGUUGGUGGACACUGCUGGCCGCAUGCAAGACAAUGCCCCCUUGAUGACAGCUCUGGCUAAACUCAUUGCAGUCAACACCCCUGAUCUGGUCCUGUUUGUCGGGGAAGCUCUGGUGGGAAAUGAAGCUGUGGAUCAGCUGGUCAAGUUUAACAAGGCCCUUGCUGAUCACUCCAUGGCCCAGACACCACGUCUCAUUGACGGAAUUGUGCUCACCAAAUUUGACACCAUUGAUGACAAGGUUGGUGCUGCAAUCUCCAUGACUUACAUCACUAGCAAGCCAAUCGUGUUUGUUGGGACUGGACAAACCUACUGUGACCUACGUAGCCUUAAUGCCAAGGCUGUGGUCACUGCUCUCAUGAAGGCCUAGAGUCCAAUUAUUGCACCAAAUUGCUGUUUGCUGAUGUCUCAGAAGAACAUGCUUUACAAUGUGACUGACUUGUCUCUUCAGUGUAGUGCAAAACAGAAUGAAGGGAUAACAGAGCAAGGGGCUGCUAUAUCCACCACUGCACACAUUACUUUAACCUUGGAAGGAGGUUGCUGUCUUCAAUCAUGUUGCUUAAUCUGUUUAGCUACGCUUCUUCCCUAUUUAUUGGCUAUAAAGCUUAUUUUUGGGAAACAAUUGUCUCCUUCAGAUGGAGCACCUGGGCCAGAUCAGCUCUGUGGCCUUCAGCCACUGAAAGCCCUUCCCCUGGAUUCCUUCAUUCUAAGUGACUCAGCCUCCAUGCUUCAAGGCUGAUAUUAGAGCUUUGUGUUGUUCAUAUCUUGUGAGUAGUGUUUAAGACCUGCUGCUCUGCUACUAAGCAAGCAUCUAUGGACUGUGUUUAAGGUAUUCUUGAUCCUAUGAGCUAAUCUGGCUUUUUAGACUUAGUGGGAUCCAGGCGUAUGAGUAUCCUGGUCCAGGGGCUGAUUCUAUGCUGAGCUCUGAGGCUAGAGCAAAAAUAGAUGCUGCUUUGUGACAGUUUGUGUCUCCAACCUGAUUAAUACUUGCUGCUAGCCUUGACCAUGGCAGCUCACCAAAGUUGAUAAACCAAAAAUAGUAAGUCUACCCCUCUGUGCUUGUCAAGCAGGGGCCCAUAGCAAAGAUGAAGUUGCCUUAAGAUCCCUAGUUCCAUUGUCACUGGGACUCCUAAAGCAGGGCUGCCUAGAGCCACUACAGCUCAUAGUAAGCAGACUUCCCCCAGGCUGGAACUGUUAGAUAGAGAUGCAGCUCUUGGCAACUAAGCUGCAAGUGCAUGGCCUGGAUUCUGGCAGGCAAGCUGCGCUGCUUUAGGAUAUAUGCUAGAGCUGGUUUCUGUACUGCAAGACCCCUUCCUUCUGCAGAAGCUUUCUGUUGACUCAUGCCUCCUUGUCUCACCAGUGCUGAGGAUCAAACUGAUGCUGUACGGACAGCAGGCAAGAGUUCUGGUAGUACUAGCCUCUGCCUCUGAUAACUACCUAGAGAAAGGAAACUUUGGUGGAAGACAAUGCAGGCUGCUUGCUGCUAUCCUGCCCCCUUCUCUCUCCCUUCUGAGUGCCUCUAGAGAUCCUGGUCUAAAGUGCUACAGUGAAUAAUACAAAACUCUUGAUAUCUUGUAGCUCAGUAUUGCAGAUGUGCUAGAGUGCAAUAAAUUGAAUGCUGUCUGCUAAGAAAUACAUAAUUUAUAUAUAAUAAAUUUCAUAAAUAA